GUUGGAUUGAAUCAAUUCCAUUGAGAUAGAAGAAGAAAUUAAUGAGGAAGGUCGACAAAUUCUCCCGCUCUCAUCUGCAGUCCGGGAAAUGUUGGAGCUCCGGUUCCAGCUGCAGCGGCGGUUUCUUCUCCUCCUUGGAACCCAAAUCCUUGGCGGCGGAGCAUCUCAGAAAGUUGGACGACUCUGGAAUCAAUUGGCGAGGCUUCAGCGACAGAUCGGAUCGCAAGUCGAAGAGCGAGAGCAGAUUAGUGAAAACAAAACUGAAAGCGCUGAAAAUGUACAAGAGCGUGAAGCAGCCGAUUUCUCCCUCCGGAAAAGUCGCCGCCUUCUUAAACUCACUCUUCGCCUUAAAGAAACAAAAAUUCCCCGACGACUCGUCGUCAUUCUCGCGCUCCACAAGCACGACUCCUUCGUCAGCGAAGCCGUCGAUUAAGUUUUUCCCGGCGAGCGUGAUUUUGGACGAAGAUUGUCGCCUCCAAAGGCAAAGAGGCAACAGCGACGACAUAGAUUCGAUCUUAGAGCUCGCCAUGCAUAUGAAGAGCAAGGAUCAAAUAUUAGGGUGUGACUCGUUCGGUAUUUUUAGUGAUGACAAAAAACGAGGUUUUGGUCGAGAAUUUGACGACGGGGAUGCUGAAUUUGAUGGAGCGAGCUGCGCGAGUUCGGAUUUAUUUGAAUUGGAGAAUCUAUCGGCCAUUGGAAUGGAAGAACUACCGCUUUAUCAAACUACUCAUCUUCACAAAAUUAUGCAAAUGGACUAAUUUUGUGAAAUUCAAUUAAUUUUUGACUUUGUAAAGAAAAAUGAAUUAAAAAAGGCGGAUCCCAUUUUUUGUAACACUCCUAUAUUAUAUUUUGCCAUUUUGUCCGUCUCUCAUUAAAAGUCCAUUUUCACUUUUAUCGACUCCACAUUCUA